CAAGUAGAUAUAUCACAUGUAAUGUUUAUAAACUGCCGACUACACACAUAUAUGAUAGUAUUGAGAAUGAGAAAUUUAAGGGUCUGCUAUCUAUAAUAGAAAAACAGGCACUAUCAGAUCCAAAUCCUCAUGACCUCAAUGACAUAUUUUUCUUGUUAUUGCACGCUAUUAUGACCAAACAUAAAUUUGAGCUCAUUGGAUUAGGUGAUCAUGGGAACUUAGUGCAAGAACAAAAGAUACCCGAGAAUUGGAACUACAUCCACGGAAUGUAUUCGUUCAGAUAUAAGAAGGGUUCAUCAACCUUCUUAGUAAAGAUGAUGACAGUAGACUUAAAUAGGAUAUUACUGAAUGCCCAAAUAGUAGACCAAAACCGAGCUUCUGUUCAAUUCGAACUUUCACCAAAUGAGUACGUAGACGAAACCAAGUUCUUAGAUGAAACAAAGUUGAAAGUUGAAAAAGGAAAAUCAGAUGAAGGUUCAACUCAGAAAAUAGAUUGGCCUAAAUUUUUGCGCAAGGAGAAAAUGACGGAGUUAAUGAACACAAUAGAAACGAGAAUCAUCAAAGUAUUUAUAUUGGCAGGUGAAGAAAAGAACAUACCAAACAUACAAGCACCUACUAUCUCCACAAUUGGGGAACAAAAUAAUCAAGACAGACAGGGUCGCCUGUAUGUAGAUCAGCUACCCUUGAUGCCAACACAAGAUUUUCCUCCAAGGCAAUUUGUGGGUCAAGGUGAAGCUGGACGUUUUCGAUAUGGCGACCGAGAUUUAUUUCCAGAAGCUUUUCCAAUGUCAGGAGAAGGAGGGGGAUCAUCAAUGGGACCUAGACAUCCAGGAUUUGGUGGAAGAGUGAAUGAUCCAUAUUACGAUGAACGGUCUAGAGGCAUGUAUAGAGGUAUCAAAAUGCCACCUCCUGGAGCAAGAUUCGAUCCGUUCGGACCUCCUGGAAUAAACGACCCGUUAUUAGAUUCUAGAUCAAGCUCGGUUUGGAGGAGAAACCAGCCUCCUGAUGGUUUAAGUAGGCAAGAGCUGCCUGAUCCUGAUCAUCAGGAACCACCUGGGUUCGAUGACAUGUAUAUUUAAAAAGUUCUAUAAAACGAGAUUAAAUCGAUUUAUUAAA